CUGAUUCGGAAGAUACGAUUAAUAAAUUAUUUGAUAAUAUUCAAUUACUUGAUGAAAAUUUAAAAGCACCUAACAAUACUAAUGUAGCGGAAGCUGCACAUGCUUUAAGUAAUCAACGUGAAAAAGGAUAUAAAUUAGAUAAAGAAAGAUUUACUACGAUUAAUAUUCAUCAACAAUAUAAUAUAUCUCAACAAGGAUGUAUUACUGAAUCCGAAGACACUAAUGAAAGCAGUAAUGAAGGAA